AUGAGAGAUGAUAAUUCCAAGAAAAGCAAGCUUUCAUGGUCAAGAAUUAGGAAAUGGUUCAGUAUCAAAGGAAAAGCAGAAGAAUUUGUGGCUGAUGAAGUUGUCUAUGGUGGGCUGAAUUGGAAUAGUCAUUCUAACACUGGGCGGCGGAGCAGCUUUUCUGAGCGGGAGCCACCCACAAUCAAGAGGAGUAGAACAGAGAGAUCAAGCAGGAAUUCAGACCGUCCUCCUCGUCGAGGGCGAGUUGAUUUAGAUCAUCCUCAGAUUAUUAAUGUGCACAAUUACAGUGUUUUUGUAGCCACUUGGAAUGUGGGAGGAAAAACACCUUCAAAUAAUUUGAAUCUAGAUGACUGGCUACAUUGUGCACCUCCAGCAGAUAUCUACGUUCUUGGGUUUCAGGAAAUUGUUCCCCUGAAUGCUGGAAAUAUAUUGGGUGCUGAGGAUAAUGGGCCUGCAAAAAAGUGGAUUUCUCUGAUCAGGAAGACACUUAACAAUGGCCCUGGUACCAGUGGAAGUGGUGGGUGUUACACACCUUCCCCUGUCCCUGAUCCAAUUGUUGAGUGGAAUGCAGAUUUUGAGGGAUCAAACAGGCAUAAGGCCUCAUUUAUGCCCCGUCGAUCCUUUCAGACACCUCAGUGCUGGAGAAUGGACAAUGACAUGGCCUAUCCACAGCCUAGACUUGACAGACGAUUCAGUGUUUGCGACCGAGUAAUCUUUGGUCACAGGUCCAGUGACUAUGAUGCUCAUGCAAGGUGGGGAAGUCGGCCUAGUGACUGUUCAUCUAGUCAAAGGCCAAGUGAUUAUUCUUCCGGAUGCCGGCCAAGUGACUAUUCGUCUGGUUUCCGGCCAAGUGAUUACUCUGGUCUUCGACCAAGUGAUUACUCCUCUGGUCGCAGGCCUAGUGACUAUUCAUGGGGUCAAAGGCCUAGUGAUUUCUCUCGGAUGGGUUCCUCAGAUGACGAUUAUGGGCCUGGUGAUUCACCAAGCACAGUACUGUUCUCACCAAUGUCAUGCAGUGGGUAUGGACCUACCGAAGAUGUUCAUAGGAUGCCGGGGCAUUCGAGAUACUGUUUAGUCGCAAGCAAGCAGAUGGUAGGUCUUUUUCUUACGGUUUGGGUUCGAAAUGAGCUGAGGGAAUCCGUCCGCAACUUGAAAGUAUCCUGUGUUGGCAGAGGAUUGAUGGGUUAUCUUGGUAACAAGGGAUCCAUUUCUAUCAGCAUGUCACUGCAUCAGACAAGCUUUUGCUUUGUGUGCACUCACUUAACCUCAGGACAAAAGGAAGGUGAUGAAUUACGGAGGAACUCAGAUGUGAUGGAGAUCCUUAAGAAGACCAGAUUUCCUCGUGUUCCCGGGCUAGGAGAUGAGAAGUCCCCAGAAACUAUUCUUGCGCAUGAUCGAAUUAUUUGGCUUGGGGAUCUCAAUUACCGUGUUGCCCUCUCAUAUCGAACUGUUAAAGCACUAGUAGAGAUGCAAAACUGGAGAGCACUUUUAGAGAAGGACCAGUUGCGGAUAGAACAGAGGCGAGGUCGUGUUUUUGAGGGUUGGAGAGAAGGGAAGAUUUACUUUCCACCAACAUACAAGUAUUCUCAUAAUUCGGAUAGAUAUGCAGGAGAUGACAUGCAUCCAAAGGAGAAAAGGCGAACACCAGCAUGGUGUGAUCGCAUUUUAUGGUAUGGAACUGGUCUUCAACAAUUGUCAUACGUCCGGGGGGAAUCAAGAUUCUCGGAUCACAGACCAGUUUCUAGUGUAUUUUGGGCUGAAGUUGAGUCAGUCCCUAACAGAUUAAGGAAAAGCAUGAGCUGUUCUAGCAACAAGAUUCAAGUGGAGGAAUUGUUGCCAUACUCCCAUGGCUACACAGAACUCUGCUUUUUUUGA